UGCAGAAACCCAAACCUGCAAACGAAACGAACGAUGAAAUCUCCAACCCCGCCAUCACGUGUCAUUUCCGACCCCUCCUAGAGGACGCAUCUUAAUCACGCCAGAAGUCGGAUGAUUCCUAUCAAUAAUGAGACCAGUAUCACAAAUCUGUGCAGCGAAGCAAUAUAUGUUUACAGCUCUCUCACCACCAUGGCGUUCCUUCUUUCCAAUAAACUCCUUCUCAUUGGAUUCCAAAACUCCAGCACUUCAACAUGGCAACAGAAAAGAAAUGGGCUGAUGGACCCUUCAAACUCCUCUCCACUCCGCGCUCUACCCUGAAUGGGAAGGAAGAAUCAGGUGCAUCUAAAAAUGCAUCCGAGAUGGCGUUGAUUCACAACAUUCUCCUCCGAGGACUGAAUUGCAUCUACCUACAAGCACCGAAUAUCCAAGCACCGCAGGAUAUCCAGGAUUUCAUGCUAUUCUGUGAUGCAUGGUCUUGUACACUUCACUCGCAUCACAAGACGGAAGAAACCGUCUACUUUCCCCUCCUCGACGAGCAAUGCAAAGAGAAAGGAGUCGCAAGCAAGAAUCACGAUGAGCAUGAGACGUUUCUUCCUGGCUUGGUUGCAUUCGAUAAGUUUGUCACCGGCGUGAGAGCAGGAGGGUCUUAUGAUAAAGAGAUGUUCAAGAAAAUUCUUGAUGAUCUUGGACCAAAGCUCGAGGCUCAUCUCAUCAGUGAGAUUGGACUUCUUGAUGAAUUAGAGAAAGAUCAAGGCAUUGACUGGGACUUGCUGGGAAAGGCAAUGGCUCAGCACUCAAAGAAGGUUGCAGAUAGGGUCCGCGAAGUGCCAUUCCUCAUCACGAAUUCGGACGUUACCUAUGAAUCAGGCAUUCAUGGAGCACGAUUUCCUCCCUUCCCUUGGUUCGUCAGCCAAAUCCUCCGUUGGGUUUAUAUCCCACAGUUGAAAGGGGCCUGGAGAUUUGCGAGUUGCGACGAUUAUGGAGUUCCGAAAUCCCUUCCCUUUGCUUGAUCAAGGCGGUGGUAUUUGGUUGAAAUCCUCUCUGUUGUACCUGGCUUCUGGUAGACUCAUGUAUUCAUUC